UCCAAACCAAGUGGAAACUUCAGUUUCUCAGACCUCUCUGAAAUGGCAAAGCCCAAACCCUCCGAUGUUCUUCUCACGCUCUUUGUUGUCUUCCUGUUCGUGAUCGAUUCAUCUCUGCCGUCAACGGAGGCGUUUUCCUCAUCUAAAUGGUCUCCACGUUUCUUUGGGAAGUUUUCCCGCCCGAUCAAGUCGCGUCCCCAACUCCAACUCCAACAACUUCAGUUUCAAUACGAGACCCGAUACUUCGACCAGCGACUCGACCACUUUAGCUUCUCUAAGCUCCCGAGGUUUCGUCAACGGUACCUCAUCAGCACCGAGCACUGGGUGGGUCCAGGGCGGUUGGGCCCCAUCUUCGUCUACUGCGGCAACGAGGGCGACAUCGCCUGGUUCGCUGCCAACACCGGCUUCGUCUGGGAGAUCGCCCCUCAGUUUGGCGCCAUGGUUCUCUUCCCCGAGCAUAGAUACUAUGGGGAAUCAAUGCCGUUCGGGAGUGGAGAGGAGGCGUAUAAGAACGCAAGUACAUUGUCGUAUCUGACGGCGGAGCAGGCAUUGGCUGAUUUCGCCGUCUUGAUUACGGAGUUAAAGCGGAACUUUUCGGCGGAGGGCUGUCCUGUCGUGUUAUUUGGUGGAUCCUACGGCGGAAUGUUGGCAUCAUGGAUGAGGCUCAAGUAUCCCCACAUAGCCAUUGGAGCACUUGCUUCUUCGGCUCCAAUUCUUCAGUUUGAGGAUAUUGUUCCGGUGGAAACAUUUUAUGACUUGACCUCCAAUGGUUUCAAGCGUGAAAGUACCAGCUGCUUUAACACCAUCAAACAGUCUUGGGAUGUAAUAAUAUCUGAGGGCCAGAAAAAAGAUGGUCUUCUUCAACUGACAAAAACUUUCGGCUUUUGUAGGACAUUAAAUAGUACAGAUGAUCUGAUCAACUGGUUAGACUCUGCUUAUAGUUAUUUGGCAAUGGUGAACUACCCAUAUCCUUCAGAAUUCAUGAUGCCUUUGCCUGGACAUCCAAUUAGAGAGGUUUGCAGAAAAAUUGACUAUUCUUCGGCCGGGGAUAAUAUUCUAGAACAAAUAUUUGAAGGCAUAAGUGUAUACUACAACUAUACUGGGAAAGUUGACUGCUUUGAAUUGGAUGAUGAUCCUCAUGGCUUGGAUGGUUGGAACUGGCAGGCUUGUACUGAGAUGGUUAUGCCGAUGUCUAGUAGCGGGGAUUCAAGCAUGUUUCCAAUAUUUGAUUUUAAUUUGUCUUCUUUCAAAGAGGAAUGCUGGAGGGAUUUCAAGGUGGAACCAAGGCCUAGAUGGAUAACAACAGAGUUCGGUGGACAUGAUAUCAAAGCUACUUUACAAAAAUUUGGAAGUAACAUUAUUUUCUCCAAUGGUCUAUUGGAUCCGUGGAGUGGUGGCAGUGUUCUGCAGAACAUAUCUGAAAGUAUUGUUGCACUUGUUACUAAAGAAGGAGCUCAUCACAUAGAUUUACGUGCUUCAACCGAUGAAGAUCCAGAAUGGUUAGUAGAGCAAAGAGCAACUGAAAUCAAGCUGAUAAAAAGUUGGAUAAAUGACUACCAUCGAGGAAAGAGAGCCGUUUUUGAGAUUUAAGUUGAGUACAAACUUUUGCUCAACAGCACUGUGUAUAUUUUAUUUUCCCUUUCUCUUUUUUUGUUUGUUUGUUUUAUUUUGUAUUUGCUCAAUAUCACAAAUUUGGCUCCUGUAAAGCCCUGCGACUAUCCAUACAUUGGAGAAAACUAUUAACCUCAUCA